AGAGAACCGUUACCGUCGCCCUCGGCAAAAAAAAAAAACAAUAAACGUUCGCUUGCAUUCACACACACCCUUUUCGGGACAAAGCACUACAGUUGAAUUCAACGACAGCCUUUGAUAUACCUCAUGGACGGUCGCCUCUUCACCAUUGCGAGGGACGGUCUCCGCUGCACCUCGCUCUUCGUCGCGGGGGAUGCGCACCGGUGCAUUCUCGUUGUCGGCUCCCAAAUGGACGCCCUCCUCGCCACUCCUUACGCGCACGACCUCUUCGACGGGCUCAAGGAGAGCUGGGCGGUGGCGCAGGUGGAGCUGGGCAGCAGCCGGGUAGACUUCGGUGUGUGCGAUCACAUGUCGGAUGCGGACGACGUCAACGCCGCGCUGCACGCACUCACGACGGAGUGUAAGAUGACUGAAGUGGUGUUGUACGGCAGCGGCACAGGCGUCCAGGUGGUGCUGGAGGUGUUGGCCUCAGGGUCGCAGGCGGAGGUGGUUACGCGUGUGGUGCUGCACGGUGGCGUCGUCUCCCCGGAAAGCAGCAAGCACUUUGCCCCGGACGCAACGGAGCACCGCGUGAGUCGUGCACAGGCGUUGUUGAAGGAGAAUCGAGGGGCAGACAUGGGCGCCAUGAAGGACCUCUACGACAUCCCGGUUACCCCGGCGCGUCUGCGGUACGGGAACACCCUUACUGUGCAGGAGGCACUCUGGCAGCCGGUGCUGGAACAGAACGAGAAGGCUUACAAAGCCGCUCUUCGUGGUAUUGCGGUGCCGGCGCUUUUUCUGUUGGCCACUGAUGCGUCGUACAACGCACGCGCUGCAUCUGCCCUCCCUGCUGUGCGUAGUGUGGCCAUGAAGGCUAUUGGGCUUUCGAGCGAGGCCGUCCAUGUGGAACUGCUGCCCAACACCGUCGAUGAGCACCGUCGAGUUCUGAAAGGGGGUGGUCCGCUGGUGGUCACUGCAGUGCAGCAGUUCCUGGCUUCUGCAGAUAUGCGACGGGAACAGCGGAGGAUCGCUGCCGAGGCUAACGCGGUGGAGGCGGAACGCCAGCAUCGAUUUGACCUUGCGAAAGCGAUGUAUGCAUGA